AUGCGCGUACUACCUGGAGGAGACACACUAUGUGUCAAAUUGUCUCUUAGUCUCUUGGUAGAUGAUUAUCAUCUUUCUUCAGCUUCAACAAAUGUACUGUUACUAAAGGACAUGGUCAUCGAUGCAGUGCGAAUCUUAAUACUACGAGGAAGGCAGUAUGUUGGGCGGCUGUGAAAUAAUCGUGAACUUGUUGUGAAAUCUUUGCGAAAUAAAUGAUUG